UUCAAUCAGUGUACUUCAAAGUCGAAGGAAAAAAUGGGUGUUUCAAAAUUCGUCGUGUAUAAGCUGCUACUAUUAGAGUUGCAUUUACAGUUAUUGGUCUGUCAGUCAGCCACUGGCAGUGAGCACUUGGAGAAUUGUAGUGCGAACUGGGGCAUCCAGGCCAACCACGAUAAAUGCCACACCCUUCAUCAGCAAGACGCAGCUGAGAUCUUUGACAUCGUUAAUGCGAAGACUCCGGUAACUGAUGCUCAAGUAAAGCCCGCACAGAAAACAGACUAUCGAUCUACGAAUGCUCAGACCAAUUCGAGCACCGAUGAAGUAGAUGAGAAUGAAUUUCACUUUCUGAUAACGGGCGGCUAUCGACCCGUUGUUAAUGAAAUAGUUAAGUUUGUUGUUUCAGUGCGAUCCUCGCGACCGCGCAAAUUCUUUGGUGAUAACCAUUUCUGCGGGGGCAGCAUUAUCUCGAAGCGAACAGUCCUUUCUGCGGCUCACUGUUUUAUGACUAAAAAGCAUAAAGUGGUACGCCCCAGCCAAGUGAGAAUAUUCGCCGGAUCGUCACGACGGCUAUUCAAGUCGGCCCACACACAAGAACUUCUCGUGGACAAACUCAAGCCACAUCCGAAAUUCAGUUUUAAGAGGCUAACAAAUGAUAUUGCUAUUGUAUUACUCAAAACCAAGCUGAAAAUCGAUGGGAUUACUGCCGAUGUGAUUCCCUUAGCGAACAAGGAACCAACAAUUGGAGCAAAGUGCACAGUGAUUGGAUGGGGUACUGUUAUUCAGUUUGGUCCAACACCUGACGAAGUGCUCAACGCCGAUGUCUAUAUUCAGCCAUAUGCCAUUUGCAAAAGAGAUCCAUUAUUUACAAAGGGAAUGUUUUGCGCCGCAGACACAAGCGACUACGAAGUGGACAGCUGUCAAGGGGAUUCGGGUGGUCCGUUAAUUUGCGAUGGGGUCAUAACUGGCAUUGUCUCCUUUGGUAUUGGCUGUGGUGAGAGGGGCUCGUUUGGAGUGUACKCCGAUGUCUACUACUAUCGCAACUGGAUAAACAGCAAUAGAGCCACCCAACUGAAACUGAAUGGCUUGCCGGCUGUCGCGCUGGCAAUAGCAAUAGCAAGGCGAAUUUUAUAUUUUUAGUACUUAUGCCCAAGCAGGGCUCAAGCGACAUAGGGACUUCCUUUUAUUUUAUGAGAGACGAAGCGGAUGCAAUAAUUCGCACUUCUGGAGCAACAGGUGCGUGGCUGUGGCUUGCGGCUGACAUUCUGCAUAUGACAAGCCAAAAUUGAGUGAAAUCAUGGCGCUGAAGUCUUCCGAAAAUUGCAAAACCAGCGACAAAAUGCGGUGACCAACAGGCUUACCCGCAUGCACUCACGUUCCCACACCUACACACCCACACCUACAGACACCCACACACCCAUACACCCACACAGCCACACACCAAUAACGCACACGAGCUCAUUUUAGGCAACAGUUUAUGGUUUAUGUAAUGGCUGUGUUUGCUGUGUCUGACAGUAAUUAUCGCCUAUCGAGAGAAGAGAAAGUCGCAGUGUCAUUAAAAUACAUCUCGUAGAUUGUUAAUAAGUUUUAUCAGUUGAUCUGCGGAAGAAACAUAUAUUGCAUGUCAAAAUUAAAGUAGCUCGCUCAAUUCCAA